ACGGGGCCCGGCGGGGACAGCAGCCCCGCGGGCGAGGAGGAGUGGAACGGGUUCCUCGCGGGGACCGCUCGCGAGGAGGAGCAGGAGGAGAGAGGGCCUCCAGAAUGGAAGCGGGGUGACCCUGUGACCCCGCAGCACGUUCUCAGGCUCAGGGGGUACACCAGAGAGUUCCUGUGCUCCCCGGAGGACAACGUUUACAACAUCAACUUUUCCCGCUUCAAGAUCCGAGAGCUGCAGAGCGGAGCGGUUAUCCUGGACAUCCAGAAGCACUGCCCCACCGAAAUCAAGGACGUCUUCGAGGUGGACCCAGGCCGGUUCAUACAGUAUCACUUCUCCCCCUCCUUUCUGGCCCUCAAGGAAAUUGGGGCCACGUUGGAGUUCACGGUUGGCCGGAGGGCGGUGAACCGCCUCAGACUGAUCGAGAGGCACUUCUUUCGGAAUCUCCUGCUCAAAACAUUCGACUUUGAGAUCGGCUUCUGCAUCCCGUUCAGCAGGAACACGUGUGAACACAUCUACAGUCUCCCUGAUCUGGACCCCAGCACUAUCGCGGAGAUGGUGGCCAGCCCGUUCGAGACGCGCUCAGACAGCUUCUACUUUGCCAACAACCGGCUCAUCAUGCACCACAAGGCAGAGUACUCCUUCGACCAGCCAGAUCCAUCAUCAUCAUCAUCAUCAUCAUCAUCAUCUUCAUCCUAGUGCUGGCCUAGUGAACUAGCCUGAGCCUAUGAGCCCAAAUACAAAAAAUAAACAAGUAACCGAUUUUGCUUUUCUGUGUAACAAUUAGCGUAAUUUCAAGUUGAAAGAGUUCAAACUAUAAGGAAAUAUAAUUUUUUACAGAACAUACAUAUGUAUAUUUAUUACAGGGCAAAGGUUUCUCGUUGGACUGAUAAAGGCUUCUGUGAGUCUCUAAGAGUCUCUAAGAGUCUCAAGUGUUUCUGCUGGUGUCCAAACUGUUUGUAUAAACCAAUACGAUUAUGUGCAAAACUAUACAAUAGCAUUUGACACCAAACGUUUUUUAGUACGCAUCAGUUCAAAUUGUAUUGUCUAAUGCCAAAUUUCUUGGGCCACUUAUUUAUAUUUUUAGGAGAUAAGAAAACAAUGGCCUCCUGCGAAUGCGUCCCUUGUCUUUGUCCCCCGUAAAAUCAAAACACUUAAGUCAAUAACUUAAUGAAAACAGCUUAUUGAAAAUAACAGCAAAUUAUAUAUUUUACAUUAUGACAUCUUUUUUGAAUUUGGCACUAAAAAAUUCAACAUAAGCUAUGCCAUUCGGUGGAUGAGGCCUAAAAUAAAUGUGAACAUUCUAAAAUCGUGUAAAGUAUUUAUAUGACCUAGACUCCCAAUUCACCAUAUUUACUCACAACAGCUUCUUUUUGACCUGAUUUUCGAUCUUGUGCUCAACAACCCGUAUCACUCUGUCUGUUCUGGGAGGAGGGCCGGUCCUGUGUUCUUACCUUUCCUUCUCAUGCACAUUGGCUUUAGUACAGGUGUCCAAUAGUGUGGCCCUGUGAAGCCCUUUUGGGCUGUAGCGAGAACCCAAUGCUGGGGGUCAGAGACAACAGCAUUAUGUACUCGGUGUUUGGACAGGCUCGCUAUCACAGCGGUAGAGUAAGGCUGUCUCAGCUACACGCUGGGGAAGAACUGAAGAAUAUGGUGUUGUGGUCAUGGUGAUACGUUUAUAAAAGGGGCAGCUUUAGGCCUCUCGUUCAGGAUUUAGGAGAAAAACCAGGCAAAUGUAAUGAGAUAUAUUAGUUUAAAGGAAAGUGUUUCCACGGUCAUCAGCGAGGGACCAGUAGGAGGGUGGGAACACUGGUUUGAGUCCCAGCAGGCUCAGUGCAGAGUGACAUCAUGCUGAGCCUAGUCCCUUGGCUUAUUUUGAACAAAAUAUUGAUCUUUGCAUUUUUAUCAACUUCUUUGACCCUGUAGC